AUGGCGUCACCAGUGCCGGCCAUCUCCAAGCAGGAGGUGUCGAUGCUGAUACGGCAAGUGCAGGGCAACAACCUGUUCAACCGCCAGCUGUCAUCGGUCUGCCAGGUCAACGGGCUGAAGAGCACCGGUGUCAAGGCGGACCUGCAGGCGCGCAUCGUCGACCUCAUCCAGUCAACCGUAAACGCCAACGACGCUUCGCGGUUCCAGCAGGUGCGACAGAGCAUCCUCAAUGCUUCAGCACAGCGCGGGAGCCCUUCGUCAAAGAGCGUCGCCUCACGAACCUCCAACUCGUCCACGUCUGCACAGUAUCAAGCAUCGAUGCCCUCGUUCAACGGCAACCAGAGCUAUCACCGUGCCUAUCAUGGUUCAGCCAACGGCCAUACGUCUGGUGGUCCGUACGGCGGCGUAGCGUCCUCUCUCGCCUUUCGAUCGAGCCCUUUCUAUCAGAUCGAAGCACAGAUCGGCACGGUGCGCGUAUGUGAUGUCAUGUCGCAGCAUAGGAACACGGUCCAGGUACCCAUUAGGCUCAGCGACCACGAUGUGCUUCGACAGUGCAUCGGAACCACAGGAUCCAAAAACACACCGUACAGAGUCAUGGUAUUCUGUGCGGGCGACCCCCAUGGUCUGCAAGAUGUUGCCUUUCCGCACCAGUCGGAACUGAGGGUCAACAAAGUCGACAUCAAGGCAAACCUUCGUGGCUUGAAGAACAAGCCCGGCUCAACGAGGCCUGUAGACAUAACCAAGGAACUUCACCUCAGGUCGUCCUAUACCAACUCGGUCGAUUUCACUUACGCAUUGACACAAAAGAAGUACUAUCUGGCCAUCUAUGUGUGCAAGACGGUCUCCGUUGACGAACUGGUCAACGUGGUUGCCACCCGCCGUCGUAUCCCAAGAGAGUCUGUUGUGGCUGAGUUGACCAAAAAGGCCCAAGACCCAGACGUGGUGGCUACGUCUCAGGUCUUGUCACUAAAAUGCCCGUUGUCGUACAUGCGGCUCGUGACGCCCUGUCGUGGCCUUAGCUGCACCCAUAUCCAGUGUUUCGAUGCCACUUCGUAUCUGCAGCUCCAGGAACAGGGACCUCAGUGGCUCUGCCCCAUCUGCAACAAAUCUGUGCCAUUUGGCCAGCUGGCCGUCGAUGACUAUGCCAAGGACAUACUGGAGAAGACGCCCAAGAGCUUAGAGGCAGUCACGAUUGAGCCGACUGGCCAAUGGUCAACCAAGACGGCCCAAGAAGAUCAUACUGAGGGUAUGAAUCGGACUUCGCUGGACGACGACGACCUCGUGGAGAUAUCAGAGGUCAGCGUCGUCGGCCGACGGUUCGAAACGCCCAAGAAUGCCACGCCAAGAGUCAGCACACCGGCCUCUUCUGGCAGAGACAGCUCCGCCAAUGGCCCUAGAGGCAUCGCAUCUACCAGCGCCAAACGCCCCGCCCCGACCGUCAUUGACCUGACGGGAGAUUCGGAUGACGACGAUGAUGAGCCCAUUCAGCGCCCUCACAAGCGGCAGGCUACCUCUGUGAAUAAUGUUGGCCGCGAUCCCAACGGCCUAGCUUUCCCCGGCGCAUCCCCCGUGUUAUACCGAAUGACUUGA